UUUAAUGAAUUUUUUUAUUGUAUCGUAUUCCAUUGUAUUUCCAAAAUAAUAACAAAUUUCAGAAAUGGAUUAAAUUCUGGAAAAAAGCUCCGCGCAUUACCCUAUUGUUUUCAGAGGUUCGAGUUACGGUUCAGUCUCAGGCCACUUGUGACGAGUUGCUAGUAUGUAAUUAGAUUCUUUUGUUCCGUCCUUAAACCGUUUUUUUUUCCUACCGUUACUCGCUUCGUGGCCUCUGUGCCCAACGUUUAAUUGUAUACAUAUCGUUCAUCUAAAUAAAAAAAGCAAUUCAAUUGAAAAUAGUAUAAAGUACCAAGUGUUUUACGAAAUAUAUGAUUUAAAUGUAUCGAAUCGACUAAUAUGUCUUAUAAUUUAUAUAAUAAAAUAUUUAAAAAAUGAAUUACAAUCAUAAAAUGGUUGAAAAGCACUGCUGUGUAACAAUUAUUUUUAUUUUUACAAUGAUCUUCAAAGUAAAUAUCUCGAAAUUUUAAUAUAUUCCAUCAAUGCAAUGAAAAUUAACCAAGGAUCAUUCUUCUGAAAUAUUAUUCUGUAUUUAUUGUUUGAUAUAGUAUUUUUAUCUAUUACAUAGAGUACGAUAACUAGGGCAAAUUGAUCCGUUAUCAUUUGCAAUUGGCUGUUAAACAAAUAACAAAUUGUUAACUCCAUCGUUGUGGAAUGAAAUUUACUUUUUGAUAUCUGCUGAUCGAACAGUAAAAGUAUCCUGUUUCCGAGGGGAUUUCACGCUUCAUUUGAUGAGCGUCCUAGGGGAAAUUCGUUGCGGUAUUAUGUUAAGCGUUUCUGAUAUGUUUUCACAUGUUUGUUUAUGAAGUGGAAAAUCUUUGAUCACAACUAAGAAACUUUCUAAUGGGAACAAAUUGAUUUGGACAAAUCAAUAAUUUUUAAUUUGGAAAUAUUAUGAAUAAAAUUUUAAAAGAAUAAUUUGUAAAAAAAUAUUACUAAAAAAAAUUACUAAAUUAAUAAGAAGUAAUAAACUACACUAAUCGUAACGGAAAUCUUCAAAUAAAGAAAAAUCUUAUGUACAAUUUUUUAUUAUAUAUCUUAGUAUUAUUGUUAUCUCUUACUUAUCUUAUUUUUUAAAAAAUUUUUUCUGUAAUUUUUUUGAUUACUCGCUAUUAAAAUAAUUAAACGAGCUAUUAUAUCCUGCACUUUGUAAUUAAAUUUAUAUGCUUCGAUAUUUUAUGUGAAAUUUUAAUAAAAUAAAAGUAAUGGAAUUUCUAUGCGUGGGUUUGACACAAUUUUUUAAUAAUAUUUUAAUAAAUGGAAAGAGAUUUAUUUUAUUUAUCGAACUGCAGAAAUUCUUUCAAUUUAAACUAAUUCCAUUAUUUUCGCUUUAAUUAAAUUUCCACGUUUUGUCCGUUUAAAAUUUUAUCAAGUAUAAAAAUUUUAAUUUUUAAAAUGAGAAAAAAUAUAAAUGCAUCUUUUUAAUAGAAGAAAAGAUACAUUUUGAUUUCAAAAUGAAUUUACUUUCUUUAUUAAACUUUAUUUUCCAGUUAAUUCUCGCUUCUCAAGAUACUCCAUUUUUUCUUAGCUUAUUGAAGAAAGAAAUUGUAAAUUAUUCAAAUAUUGUAAAAAAAAUGUAAUUUAAAAAAAACAUUGCGUUAAAGUAUCAGAAAAGAAAUUAACCGCACUCGAUAACUCAAUAGCUUUCUAAAUUCUAUAUUUACGUUCAAAAUGUAUUUAUUAAAAUUUUAAAACAGUUGAAUUAAAUUACUUCAACAAUUUAUUAUUUAAAGCAUCGAAUAAUCGCAGAUUACUAGAGCGCCAAAUGGCUAAGAUUACACGAAGAGUUGAUAAGAUCAACUAUAUUAAACUACGAAUAAACAUAUAUAUAAUAAUAUUUUCUAUAAUUUUAAAUAUUAAUAUAUUAAUAUAUUCAUUUAAAUAUUUACAAUUUUGAAUACAUCAAAAUUAUUAUCAGAAUAUCUAAAAAUAUAAAGUUUCUAAUUCAUUCAUUCUUGUUUUCUCACAAUGUUUUAAAACGAUUAUCUUCCAUAGAGGGCGCACUGGUUUCUGAUGGACGGAGAACCGCAUCGAAGACAGUUCCUGCCUCUUGAAUAAAUAUUGUUCGAGCCUUUCAAACAAACUUAUUACUUACAGAGUAACUUUGUUCGAAAUUUUAAUUAAUUACCUUUUACUUCAAUAAUUCUUUAUUCAAACCGUAUCAAUAAUCGCUAAUAAUAAUUCAACUGUAAUAAAAAUAAACGUUGUUCCUCGUUUAUUUCAAUUAAAUAAACUUAUUAUAUACUCAACGGUAACUUUAUUCGAAACUUUAACUAGUCAUUUUUUAGUGGCCACGUCCGUUCACGCAGAGAUUUCUACGUAGAAAAGUCCAUCACGAAAUUUUACGAUUCCGGUGAACCGAUAGCGGGUUGACCGGUUAUCUAAUCUUUGCACGGCGAAAAGUACACAGGCGAGGUGCACAUGCAUGCAACGUGCUCGUUAAUCGUUGCACCGUUUCCAAGGACGAGAACGGAAAAUAGAGAGAGGGUUAAAAAAACAGAUCGACCGAACUGAACUGAAUUGUUUCGCGUGAGCUGAGCAAUGUGCCCGCAAAAAAUGGCUCACCCUUGCAUUACGAUCGAUCUUUAAAAAAAAAAAAGAAAGAAAAAAGCGCGCAUUGGAUUCGUUGCCGCGCAUACCGCUAACCAUUUCACAUUUCAGAAAUCCUUUUCUCCUAAACAGUGUCUGUGCACGCUGUGAAUCCGUGGUGGUGGUGUAGAAAUUUCCUCUCGCUCGGCAACUUAUUUUCCACCGCUCUCUCAAACUCGAAUUACGUUCUAUAUUUACGUUUCGAGUACUUGUGCUACUAUAGUGUUUUUUUUUUCUUUUUUUUUUUUUUUUGACGUCGUUUUGAACAUUGAAUGUACCCUUUGAGGGCGAAUGUCAUCAAAGUUGAAUAAAAUUAAAUUAAUAAUAUUAGUACAUUCGCAAAAACAAUCUUUUAUUAUUUGAACGUUUUAUUUAUAAUCGUGUAGAAAAUAUCCUCGUUCUGUUGAGAAUCAGAAAAUCGAGAAAGAGAGAGAGAGAGAGAGAGUUCACAAAGGAUUAACAUAGAUCGUGUAUACAGAGAUGUAUACAGAGAAGCUUUAAUAAAACGUAGAUCGUAAACUCCGCUAUUUUCGAGAUAUAAUCAAUUUUUGUUUCAGCCUCAUGAAUAACUUACAAUUCUACGUUUCUCAAUAUCCUCGUUCAAUUUCCAUAUUGCACAUUUCGUGUGCCAAUUCUUCGCCGAAAUUGAAUCCAAAAUAUACCUGUCAAAUAAUUCGAGGGAGAUGUGGAAUUUUCGAAAGAAUUUUUAAAUAUGCCAAUAAGUAAUGAGCCAAUCAAGAUGCAAUUGAAUUUUUUCCCUAUCUAUCUCUCCCUUUCGUUAUAUUCUACGUGAAAAGCUUGAACACCACUACAUUAGAGAACAAAUAAAGGUGAGGGAGCGAAUCGCAAAGCUGGCUGGGUUAGCAAGCUGCGUCUCGACAAUGGUCGACGACGAGGAACAAGAGGAGCUCCGUUGCACAGGAAGCGACGUCGAGAUCGAGGAGUACACCGACACGGAGGACUCGCCAUAUGUCGCUUAUCAGGCCACCGAUAAGCUGUUUGAUACGGACAGGGCAACUUGGCAAAAAUUCAGCUUCAUCGCCACCCUUCUGACCGUCGUCGUGUCCAUUACCUUUUUGAUUAUCACCUAUCCUCUUUAUCUCGAAAGUGUCAGCUACGUGUCCAACGCUUACACAGGACUUCUCUUCACUGCCUUCUUCUCUGCCUUCAUCCUGGGCAUCGUGUCCUUCAUCUGGGGAAGAAUAUAUCCACCACCGGCUCUGAUCCCAAACAGCUUGCGGAUCAAAAUCCCCCGUUGCGCCCUUCUAAAAAUUAGCCUGAUUUACGCGUUCUCUGGUAUAGUGAUCACCCUUUCCAUGGACCGGGACAGAGUUCUCUGUCACCUACAGGAUCCCAUAAAGGGCAUCACACUGGUCUUCUCCCUUGUCUAUUACUUCUUCUUCUGUCGCAAAAUGAUGAGCUUGCAGAGGAUCUUUUCAAGCACCACGAUAAUAGUGGGUCUUUUCAUAAGCGUGGAUUAUGGCCUUUGCGAUGAAUUUCGAUGCAGGGGGCGAGAGGUUUCAGCACACGUCACAACUGUAAAGGGGACUUGGGGUGUGAAAGCCAUUUGGACAUUCGUUUACGUGGGCGCCCUCGCUGCUUUCGCUAUGUUCUUCACCCUGCUCGAAGGACACUAUACCACCGAGCAACAGAACAUGUGUCAAAUAAUGGCCAGCCAGCAGAACUCUUUCCUGUACACGGUUUCAAGGUUAGUGUCUUCUCGAGACAUUCGUAGACGAGGAUCCGAGGAGGAGGGGGGUAGACUGCUUCAUGUGACCGAUCCUGAUCCUACUGUAAAACCAAAACACAUUCCAAAGCCUCCGAUACUUGAGACGCUCUUCUACAUUCAUCUGAUCGCCUUGUUCGCCAUUCUGUCAAUGUGUUGGAUUGACACGUUACCAGGAAUAGGCAGGGGAUUGUCUCCAGUAGAGCUAUACCGUACCGUAGAGAAUGGGUUCACGUGCCAUUUCAACAACAGCGAAGCUUGUUCGAAUAUUUCUACCCAUGGCUGGAUCUUCUUGAUCGCGUACAUAGUAUUCUCGAUUUCCGCGCUCAACUUUCUUUCAAUGUGCGAGAGCGCUGUCUUCACUGUUGCUGCCGCCACUGUGUCCCUUCCUCUGUCUGGUAUCUGGUGGAGCAUUUAUAAAAUGGAUGUUCAUGGUGGUUUCAUCACAUGGUCUCCUGGAGUGACGGGAGAAUUGAUCUGUGCAUUGCUAGGUCUUCCUGUAGUACUUCUAGGCUUGGGUCUCCUCGUUAGGUCACACUUCCGGGAUACUCAGUCCUAUUAUCUAACCAUGCAACCACCUAAUGUACAAUGUGAAUCUUGUCAAAGAUGAACAUCUCUUAGAAGAUCAUUUUAAAAGUCUUCUUUUGAAAGAUCUUCGAAAUCUAUCUCCAUCCAGAGUCUUAACUCUGGAACAUAAAAAGUACAUAGUAAUCAUUCUACAAAUUUUUGUUUAAAUUUUUGCAUAGUAAAAAAAAAAUUUGACAUUAAUAUUUUAUAAAAAUUAAAUAUAGUAACAAGAAGAAAGUGAAUACUCUGUGUAAGAGAGAAUUGUGCAGUAACGAUAUUAGGAUUGAUUGGGGAUAGUAAUCCAAAUAAUUUCCAAUUUUGGUACAGAUUUGCCUUGUAUGUUUUAAUAAUUCAAUAUUUAAUAUAGAUAUAUGGAUAACAUAGACACGGAUCAUGUUGGUUUUUACUAUCCUUAGUCGACAGAGUAUUCUUUCUCGAUACUGGAAGAAAGCUUUCUUGUGCACAGUUGUGAUAAAAGUUAUGGUGGCGUUGAGUCGAGAGAAACGAUAAUAUUGAUUAUCUGGUGCACAUAAAAUACACAAAAAAAGAGUGAGAAAGAAUGAGAGAAAGGAGGAGGAAGGAGAGAAGCGAUCAAUGUUUCCUAUGUAAUUUGUCACCGCGAACAUCCGUCUAGUCACACAACGUUAUUGCCAAUUUAUAUUUUAUUUUGAUAACAAAAAUAUUUUCGGAAAUAGAGAAUGUUUGAAUUACGUAUAUUGAGAAUAAAUGUAUGUAUAAAUGUAAAUGAGUGUGAUGAAGACGAAAAAGAACAAAGAUAUAGAAAAUAUUUUAUAUAGUCAAGUAUCAUAAUGUACACUGGAUUGAAAGUUGCAUAAUAAUGAAACAAACGCGCUUAGAGGCAAGGUGUCUUCGUUAUUGGUUGCUAUGUUAAAUAAAUGUUUAGCAAGUAAAAUUGAAAAUCUAAUGUCUCUUGCAGAGAAAUAUAAAAAAAAAAAAAAAAAAAAAAAGAACAGUUCAAUCUCCGUAUCUGCAAAUUUCUAAUUAAAAAUAUACAAAUUUUAAUUUUAGAAUAUUUUUUAAAAAAAUCAUUAGAUACAUUUUGUUUAUAAAAUUUAUAAGAAAAAAAAUCAUUGAAUCAUCAUAUUUGUACAUUUUUAGAAAAUAUUUGCGAGAUUCGAUUUUAUAAAAUUAGUGAAAUUUGAAAUACGGAGACUUUACUAUCUGGCAAUAAAGCAAUUUCUGGUUUCCCGCGAUUCUGUGAUCUGUCAUUUCCGCUUUGUGUACACGCAAAUAAUAUUGAGAUAAGUACGUUAGUUUCUUUAAGACGUACUUGAAGAAAAAAAAGAAGCAAAUUUUUCAGUAUUACAAAAUUAAGUACAAGAAAAUGCGUGUACGUGUGGAAAUAUAUGUAAAACAAAUAUAAUGCACGAACAAACUUGAAACUUGUUCGAAACAAGUUUUUAUUCGAUAGAAUGUCUGAUUGUCUUUCCAGUAUAAAUGUGUGAUCCUUUUUUAUGUGACAUUUGUGACAAUUUCAAUUAUUUAUUAUUAUUGGUGUUUAUUACUGUAUUUAAUAGCAAAUAUUUUCUCAUUGCGCUCAAUAUUCUACUGAAUAUUUCAAUGAUGUAUAAUGAUAUAUGAAAAUUGAGUGUUUCUAAAACAUUAGAUUCAUGUGAAUCUCUCUAAACGAAUAAAAUUCGUUUUCGAAAUUAAAUAGCGUUUAAGAUAUAGAGUUAAAUUUACAUUUAAUUUUUAUGAAAUUACAUAAUAUGAAAAGAUAUUUUACAAUGUGCACAAAUAUAUUUUGUAAUUUAAUCAAAUAUUUUAGAAACACUUUUAAUCAUUAUGUGCAUGUACUUAAUUAACAAAGUCUUAUGAUGGCUUUGUCAAAUUAUCUAUUUUUAAAAACCUCGUUUUCCUUGGUAGUUUACGAGCAUUUCAUUUUAUAUUCAUUCAGGUGAAUCGUUUCUCUGUUACAGUCAUUCCCACUCCUCCUUCUCCCCGGACUAUCACAUAAAAUCCCAAACGCAGAUCAAAAAUUUUCCGCGCAAAAUCAAAAAAAAAGAAAAAAGAAAAAACCUUCGAAAGUGGCUGAGAAAAGAAGUCGAGUUCUACUCUCUAGUGACUAUAAAAUGAUAUCGUGUAAGCGAUAGUUAAUAAAUAUUAGAUUCGUACUGAGAAUAGCGAAACACAGAAACAUAGACGUUGUGAAUUAAGUGUAGUUUAUUGUUGGCCAAUGUUAAGAUGGUAGAAACGUAAGAGGUAAAGGAAUAUUCGUUGUUGGAAAUAUGUCAAUCAUAUUCUAUUGCAGAAGCUAUAUACGUCCACAACUUUUUUACACUGAUAAUAAACAUUCCAAGUGUAAUUGUAUCAGGAUUAUAGAAAGGAUGGACUUUGAAUAUUCUUUCCUGUUAUUUAUAUUGGAACAUUUUAUUUUAAUCUCAGACUCUUUCCUUUGAUUAAAUAUUUUUGAUUUGGUAUACUUGAGAAAUAAUUUAAAAAUGGAGAAUUCCAUUCUAAGUUGUAUAUUAAUGUAAUGUGCCACAUCAUGAACACAUUAUGUUAAAUUUUUAUUAAACUUUUUAAAUUUUUAAUUUUUAAUUAGUAUAUUUAUUUAUUAUUUAUUAUAAGAAAAUUUAGAAUGCUAUCACGGUCCAUUUUUCCUUCAAUCCUACUCUUGUUGCUACAAUAAUAAUCGUCGAAAAUGAAAGAAACAAUAACAAAUGUACUACUAUAUUAUUACACGAUAGUCGCAGUAUUUGAUCGUAUAUAUACGUAUACAUAUAUAUAUAUAUAUAUUAAGAGUAAGUCAUGUUAUACAAUUACGAUAACGACAAAGAGAAAAAUUGUUUCAAUUUGUAGGAAAACUGAAUUAUAGGCAAAGUUAUGACAAAGAAAAUGAUUCUAAACUUAAAAAAAAAAGACGCAAAGAAAAUAAGUUCAAUCCUGAUUCAUAGGGAAAUAAAAAUUGAAAAAAAAAAAAAACAUUAUGAACCAGAAAUGUUACGCUUAGAAAAGAUUAAAAAGAAAUCUACAAAAAAAAGGAAAAAGAAAAAAAAAGAAAGAAAAUGAAGAGAGGGAGGGAAAAAAAUAUUAAAUCAUUGAUUUCGAAUAAUUUAUUUUCGACGAAUCAUUUUCAUUGUGCUCAGCGUCCAAUAUGAAUCGUUGUUUUAAUUAUAAAAUCAUUAUAGCUGGUCAACCCUUUCGGGCCUUCCCUGUAUAUUUAUCCGAUAAGACGUUAUUCAAUUGCGCUUGUUGUUAUUGCCAAAUGUUGAAAAGAACGAGAAAUAUAUUCUUUCUACAAUUGUCUUCAAAGUCACUGGCUUUUUGGGAUAGUGAUUUAUUUUUUUACUAAAUGCUUACGACCUUGAAGGGUUGACAUUUUCUAAUCAAAAAAAAAAAAAAAGAAAAGAAAAAAAAAGAAACAAAA